UCUUUUUUUUAAACUGAAUAGGGAAUAACUAAAAGCUGUUAGUCAACUGCUUAGUCAUCGUGCUCCACUGAACUUCAUUUACCGUAGUAAGUUUGUAUUUGUCUCGUCUCUGCUGUUUAAAAGUCUUCUUUAGUAGUAUUUGACUAAUUUGCUUCAUGUAAUUUGCGAGGGUAAACCAGUCGUAGACUAGCGGUGGAUGCUAACUUGCUAAUGUCAAUGAAAUCUGUUGGACCGCUGAAGAAAUGUCUACCAGAGACUGGAGCAGGAGGUGCAUUCGGAGUUGUUUUAACACAAGGAAUGCGUUGACAUUUGUGACUCUAUCGGCUGUUGUUGUGGGUGUUGCUAUUGGCUUGGUUUUGAAGACCUUUACAACUCUUACAUUGUACGAGAGAGCGUGGCUUCGCAUUCCCGGAGAAUUUCUUUUCCGGCUGAUGCAAUUUGUUACUGUCCCUCUGCUGAUGACAAAUGUGAUACUCGGAAUUGCUGGUGCCACUCUCAGUCCCUCCAAAAAGAUCACUAGAUGUGCAUUAACAUACUUUAUCUUUACAACAAUAAUGUCUUUGGUGAUAGGAAUCACCCUGACAAUGCUGAUCAAACCAGGGAUCAGUGCAGAUGCAGAUCUAGCAGAUGACGGUACUGAAAAUGAGGAUGCCUACAGCACCAUUGAUGCCCUGUCUGAUCUAAUAAGAAACCUCAUUCCACACAAUCUGAUUCUGCUGAGCUACAAACAGUACAAGACUAGGAAGGUGUUCAAGGAGCCACAAGAGGUCAACGGUACCCUUACGGAAAAUCUAGACUUGCAAUUAGUAGGCGAAAACAUGCGAGGAGUUAACAUGCUCGGAUUGAUAGUGGUGUCAGUUUUCAUUGGGAAGAGCAUUAGGAAGAUUGGAGCUGUGGGUGGAACCUUCCUGGAGGUCAUCAACACCGUCAACAUUGUCUCCAAAAGUUUGGUGAAAAUAAUAAUGAUCUAUUUUCCCAUUGCAGUGAUGUUCAUGAUGGCAAGCUAUGUUCAUACCAUUGCAGACGACUGGCAGACUGUUGUUAGCCUUGGAAAGUUCAUCACCGUAAUUGUUACUGGACUUCUCAUCCAUGGUUUUUUGGUGUUGCCACUCAUCUGCUUCGUGUGUAUGAGAAGGAACCCAUACCCAAUCUUUCCAGGGAUUGCACCUGCAUUGCUAAGGGGGAUGCUCGUUUCACGCUCUUUUGCGGCAUCAGAGACAUUCAGCUGUUGCGAAGAUAGACUGAGGAUCAACAAAAGAAUAACUCGCUUCAUGCUGCUCAUUGGGAUCCACGCCAAUAUGGAUGGAACGGUCCUUUAUGAGAUGUCCGCUGCCCUGUUCAUUGCUCAACUCUCAGGCUCCAGGUUGCACUGGACCAACAUCAUCAGCAUUGCUGUGACAGUGGCAGUGGCCACUCUUGGAGAGGCAGGAAUCCCUGCUACAGGAAUGAUGACCACCCUCUUCAUUUUGACCAUCACUGGGAUUCCAGUGAGACCUGCCUCCCUUUUGCUCUCCAUUGAAUGGCUGCUAGAUCGCCUCAAUGCCGCUGUCAAUAUCAUGAGCGACUGUUUUGGUGUCUUUCUUGUUGCUAAUGUGUCAGAAGGAGAACUGAAAAAAAUGGAGGAGGAGAUGCCUUAUGAGCAUCUACCAGAAGCGUGGAAGCCACCAGAAGACGUUACUUAAACAGCAGCCCUUAGCAGUCCUUAACAACGACACGAUUGUUGACAGUUGUAAAGAUGAAGAGAUGGACUUCAGCAUUUCUAUUUUUUUGCAAUUAGCAUAUUUAUCACCUUUGUAAGUUUUUGCCUUGUAAUGGUAUUGCUGUUAUUUUAAAUGAGCAUGCUGACAGUUAUUUCAAUAUUGGGUUUGUUUGGGGGGGAAAAUAUAUAUAUUUAAGUUUGUUUUUUUUUGGUUUUUUUGUUUUAUUGUUUUUGUCAUUUGCACUUAUAGCAUUUUACAGUACUACAGUACUUUUGGAUAACUUCAGCAUUCUGUCAUUAUAUAAGAUGUUGUUUGGUACUAAAGAAACAAUAAACGUGCACUUGAGCAGAA